AUGAGCAAUCAGUACCAGGAGGAGGGCUGCUCCGAGAGGCCCGAGUGCAAAAGUAAAUCUCCAACUUUGCUCUCCUCCUACUGCAUCGACAGCAUCCUGGGCCGGAGAAGCCCGUGCAAAAUGAGGCUGCUGGGAGCUGCGCAGACCUUGCCUGCCCCGCUGGCCAGCCGCGCCGACCAGGAAAAGGCCCUGCAAGGCUCCCCCAAGGGCAGCAGCGCCCCAUUCGAGGCCGAGCUGCACCUGCCGCCCAAGCUUCGGCGCCUGUACGGCCCGGGCGGGGGCCGCCUUCUCCAGGGCGCUGCGGCGGCGGCGGCGGCUGCGGCUGUGGCCACGGCGGGUCCGCGUGGGGAGGCCCCUCCGCCUCCGCCGCCGCCAACCGCGCGGCCCGGGGAGCGGCCGGACGGCACAGGGGCCGCCGUAGCCGCCGCUGCCGCGGCGGCGGCCUGGGACACGCUCAAGAUAAGCCAGGCGCCGCAGGUGAGCAUCAGCCGCAGCAAGUCGUACCGUGAGAAUGGGGCACCGUUCGUGCCGCCGCCACCCGCGCUGGACGAGCUGGGCGGCCCGGGGGGCGCUGCGCACCCGGAGGAGCGCCUCGGCGCGGCCGGUGGCCCCGCUGGCGCCCCGCCGGCGGGUGGUGGCACGGGCGCGGAGGACGAUGAGGAGGAGCUGCUGGAGGACGAGGAGGACGAAGAUGAAGAAGAGGAGCUGCUUGAGGACGACGAAGAGGAGCUGUUGGAGGACGACGCCCGAGCGCUGCUCAAGGAGCCCCGACGCUGCGCCGUGGCCGCCACCGGCACGGUGGCCGCCGCUGCUGCCGCCACUGUAGCCACCGAGGGCGGGGAGCUGUCGCCCAAGGAGGAGCUGCUGCUGCACCCAGAGGACGCUGAGGGCAAGGACGGCGAGGACAGCGUGUGCCUGUCUGCGGGUAGCGACUCGGAGGAGGGGCUGCUCAAGCGCAAACAGCGGCGCUACCGCACCACGUUCACCAGCUACCAGCUGGAGGAACUGGAGCGGGCCUUCCAGAAGACGCACUACCCAGAUGUCUUCACCAGGGAGGAGCUGGCCAUGAGGCUGGACUUGACUGAGGCCCGAGUCCAGGUCUGGUUCCAGAACCGUCGGGCGAAGUGGCGCAAGCGGGAGAAGGCGGGGGCACAGACCCAUCCUCCGGGGCUGCCCUUCCCGGGGCCACUCUCGGCCACCCACCCGCUCAGCCCCUACCUGGACGCCAGCCCCUUCCCCCCGCACCACCCCGCGCUGGACUCAGCCUGGACAGCCGCUGCAGCUGCCGCCGCCGCCGCCUUCCCGAGCCUACCUCCGCCUCCGGGCUCGGCCAGCCUGCCGCCCAGCGGGGCGCCGCUGGGCCUGAGCACUUUCCUUGGAGCUGCAGUGUUCCGGCACCCUGCCUUCAUCAGCCCUGCGUUUGGCAGGCUCUUUUCCACCAUGGCCCCCCUGACCAGCGCGUCGACCGCGGCCGCGCUCCUGAGACAGCCCACGCCAGCCGUGGAGGGCGCGGUGGCAUCGGGCGCGCUGGCCGACCCGGCCACGGCGGCCGCAGACAGACGCGCCUCUAGCAUAGCCGCGCUGAGGCUCAAGGCCAAGGAGCACGCCGCGCAGCUCACACAGCUCAACAUCCUGCCGGGCACCAGCACGGGCAAGGAGGUGUGCUAAAGGCUGCUCUGCACCCUCGUGCCCAGCGCGUGCCCCUAAAGGUCACCUCACUCAGCACCACUCAAGACCAAAUGGAAACAGAGGACCAGCACACUCCCGAGAGGCCGCUGAGAGAGCGCAGCCGCUUUCUCAGCAGCCUGGACUCGGGCAAGGCAGCCCUCCAGCGCCACCGGAUGUGGUACCUCCUCGGCUGGCUGUCC